AUGGUAAAAUCGUGCAAAAUUUGCAAGCAACCUUUCACGAAAUCGUCCACCUUCUCAUUUCACACUAUUCCAAAAAUCCCUGAGUUGAGAAGAAGGUGGUUGUUGGCUUUGGAUUUGCAGGACAGCGUUGCAAUGAGCUCGGCAAUAAUUUGCUCGAAGCAUUUUGAGGGGUCUGAUUAUCUUUUACAAUCAAAGGAAAAUUCUAAAAGACAGUUAAAAAAGGAUGCAAUACCUUGUUUAACCCUACAAAAUUACAGUACUGAUCCUUUAUUGGAGCAUUCCUAUGUGAAGAAAUGGAUAGAUUUCAAGAAAAGCAACCACAAUUCAGCAAUAAAUAAAAAUAAAGUCUCCAAUGACGAAAAGAGGUAUGAAUUGAUGAGGCAGAAGUAUUUGAAUAGUAGAAUUGAAGUUAAGUUGUUGAAACAGCAAAACCAAAAACUUGAGAAGAAAGUAAAAGACUUGACAAAUAUUAUUAUUAAUUUAAAGGAGAAAAAUUAA